UCAUCUCGGUGAGUGAACCGCUGAACGGAGACGGUCUCCAGUUGGAUCCAGUUGUACAAUUAUUGGUUGAUUUUAUCAGUUCGACGUGUGCAAUGCCUUUUAAUGACGGUAGCGUAGGUUGGAAAGCUAGCAAAGCGCCGCUAGUUUAUGUAAUUUCUCAAGUGGCAAGUGCUUGCGCGUUCUACUGCGGAUAGUGGAUUGGAGGAGUCAAUGAAGAACAUAUAAUGUAGACAUCCUGGACUAAAGUACUACGUUGAAGAGAAGGCAGAACCAGAAUGAAAUAAGCUCAAUUUCUAUAUUAUAUUUAUUUCGUCCUAAGCUGCCUAAUUCACUCGCGAUUUCAAAGCAAUCAAGCGAAUUGAAUCUUCAACUCGAAUCUCAUAUAUAAUGUUGAAUGCAGAGGAUGUUGGUAUCAAUUUGUGUGUAAACAACGUCAACGACAUCAAAUGAUUUUCUACUCAAGCCAAUAAUAAAUUUUCCAAAUCUGUUAAAUGGCUGAUACAGGAGUGCAAACGUUUAGCCAAAUACGUAAAGUGAGGAGCAAAAUCUGAAAGAAGAUAAAACCGUGAACGAAGUAAUAGUGUAGUGUAAAUUAUUUACUUCUUGCAACAAACAUUUGAAGCAAAACUAGUUUUCGUUGUACUCCCACCGCAAUCCUCGUACUUGCUGAGCUCUUGGCAGUUUGUACUGACGAUCAAGCACAUAGGAUUUCGCGCAAGUGGCAGUAAGUACAGCCGAAAGAAGAGCUUCUACCAACAGAGUAGCUGAGAGAGAAGGUGCAAUUUUCUGGUUUUUGUGUAGUGGCUGCUUGUGGUUACCUCCUACCAUCCCCUGACAUUGCUAUAUUGAUGAUGGCGAUUUAGCAAACGCAGUGCAUAUGAAUACUCACGGAUAGAUCGAAAAGAAUUUUAACCAACAAAUGCCGACACGGUUUAGUGUAUAAAGAAAAGGCAUCUGACGCCUAAAUUCGAUGACGACAACGAAAGGACAGUGCACGUCACAAGAUAUAAGUGCCGUUUUGUCUUCGGCUGUCCGUACUCCAUUACGCGGGUUAACAUCUGAGCAACCGACCGGGUGAUCCACACACCAUCGAAAUGUGCAGGAGAUGUAGUUUUAUUUCAAGGGUUGUCAGCAGCAAUCAUAAGCAUCCGGUAGUGCCCGUGGUUUUCGUGUAGCAAAACGGUUGGACUACUUCCAAAGGUCAUGCCAGCGCUGCGUUUAUUCGGCCGGAAAUGGUUAGCCGCGUCGGACGACCUUGUGUUUCCGUGUCUGUUCGAGAUCGUGUUCCGCAUCGUAUGGCUCGGGCUGAUAUCAUGCGUAACGUCGACGUACUGGAGCGUGACCGCGGAGUGCGAUGAACAAGCUGGACUGGCUGUUCGUGUCUAUUUAGUAGGAACCCUAGUGUUAAUUAGUGUAAAUAUAAUUCUAUUGGUACUGCUGGUUAAUCGGAGUGCCCAGGGUAGCAUUACCGAGGUGCAGAAGCGCACGAUGGUGGCACCACUCCUGGUGAUAAAAAUAUUGCUAAUCCUGCCAGAAACUGGACUGAACAUAUUUGGCACAAUGUGGGCCUUUUGUGGGACAAUUGAGUGUAAGAGUGAAGACAAAAUUACUCGUACUGUGAUCGAGGCAAUUGUACUAUUCAACUGGGUAGUAUUUGCGCUUAUUAUCUUUGGUUUAGCUAUAGUUUUCGACCCGCUUGGAUCAGCAAAAUAUAAAAAUGGUAGAGAUAGCAAUGACAAUGGCCCGACAGAAUCAGCAAUUCACCGAAAAGUUUCUAAAUUGUGGUUUCGACGGUUCCGUUGGGCGUUUUGCUGUCUACGGAAAGACGAGUUUGGCCACGAAGCGUUUACUCAGGUUGCCAGUCUACUAAGUGCCCUAUUUCGGGGUACAGAUCUAGUUCCAUCGGAUAUCAUGGCAGGGUGUGUUUUACUACGUGUUCGGCAAAAACGAGAAACGAGAGAAAUGCGGCGGAUACGAAUGUUGAACGAUGAUGGCCCAAGAUAUUCUACUGAUAUAACCAGGGUGUUCGCCACGUCCCCGUCGUGGAUGACUAUAAAAAAUGCGCGUCACUUUUUGCGGUUCGCUUUGGCUGCCUACGGUUGGCCUAUGGUUUGCUAUAUGCACUGCUGUACCGGACCGUAUCGCUUGGUUCCAAAAAUGACAUGUUGCGCUUGUUUCCGACGAAAACCUCAAAUCAUCGUUGAUGAUAAUUGUUGCCUUUGUCACGUGUCAGGCGUCCGAUAUACAUCGCGGGUUCGAAGCGAAGACGUCCUACAUGCAUCUUUCAAAAAUCACGUAUUUGAGCUACCAUUUUGUGUGUUGGCGGACCACAGUACCAAAAGUAUUGUUAUAUCAAUCCGAGGUAGUUUAUCGAUGCGGGACGUGUUCACAGAUCUAGUUGCCAAUGCUGAACGAUUCGACGCCCCAGGAAUGCCUCCGGAUUCUUCCGCUCACCGUGGAAUGGUUGCCGGGGUCGAUUGCAUGCUGAAGCGAUUACGGGAAGGAAACAUGCUCGAUCGGGUCUUCAAUACUUAUCCGGAAUAUACGUUGGUUCUAACAGGGCACAGCUUGGGAGCAGGAGUUUCCAUUCUGUUGGCAGCAAAGCUUCGUAACCGGUUUCCGGAUCUGCGUGUGUAUGCAUUCGCUACUCCAGCUGGAUUACUCAGUCGUGAAGCAGCGCGAUACACGGAGGGAUACGCAUUUACUAUUGGUGUGGGGGAUGAUUUUGUAAUGCGAUUGGGUGUUGAUUCCAUAGAGAAUUUACGCACCAGUGUGAUUGAAACUAUUCGGGCUUGUAAGCUGCCGAAGUGGCGCAUUAUGUUAAACGGCUUUGGAUAUGCACUCUUCGGUGUACCAUCAAGAGAUUUGGAAACCACAUGGCACGAUGUAACGGAAAUUACGAAGAAAACUGGCCAAAGUCCACUCCUAAACGAACGUCCCAUCCAAACGGUGGCUGCAGUUGAAGGAGGAAUAUUAUCAAGUGAAAUAUCCAAGCGAAGAUUUGCCAAAACACGACUAUUUACUGGAGGAAGAAUCUUGCACAUUGUAAGGCGUAAAAAGACAGAACUAGAAAAAAAAACUAAUACUGGCGGACCAACAUUCGAAAUGCGCUGGGCCACAGCAGAGGACUUUAUGGAGUUGAAGGUUAUGCCUCGUAUGCUACUGGACCACCUGCCUGAUAACGUUUUCAGAACGUUAACAAAGAUCUUGGAGGAACAAAAAACUCACAACGGUUCUUUGCUCUCUCUGCAGGAAAUUUAAGGAAAUCCCCACAUGCCAAAACCGCAACGAUUGAUCGAGUGAUUGAGAUGGUAAUCAAAUUAUCAUAAAAAGAAAAUCCAUGAGUGCCUUAUGAAAUAGUAAUUCUUGCCGUCUUUAAGUUAGAAUUGUAUGAUCGAAAUAUCAUUCAAUACCGUACAGGGUAUGAUUUGGUAGGUCAGGUAUUAAUCUCUAGUUGGGGUAAACUAUCAAAUAGUGUUUUGUCUUCAUCGUAUCUUAGAAAUACUAUAAGAGUGUAAAAGAGAUAGAAAGUAAGUAAAGUUCAGUUAGGAUGCUUCCUGUUGUUAUACGGUUGCUCACUAUUUACUUUAGGCUAUUAUUAUUAUUAGAAACGUUCAAGGGAUUUCAAUUUAUUAGAAGCAUUCCAUAAGUUGAUUGUUGAAGGUAACAAACAUUCCAGUGUGAAUAUGAAUAGCUGAUAUUUUAUAUGCGUUUAAGAUAUUGAUGUAGUUAUGAACGAUUCAUCAGUUGUAUGAAGAUGAAGCUUGUUAUACUCAACAGAAUCGAAUAGAGCGCCUUAUUGACACGAGUAUAGGAAUUUAAAGUAAAGGUAUUUUGUUUCCAUAACCUUCAAAAAGAAAGCUAUAGGAGACGAUUAAGCAAAAGAAAAACAAAAUUGGAAACUAGUUCAGUUUUCGAUAGUUUUUUGGUUGUGAUAUGUAUUUAUUAUUUGUAAAGAACAACGUAAAUGAAUGUGGUAUUUUAUGUAAGCUGUAUUAUAAAUUUAAAAUAAAUAUCACCAUCCGGGGUGACAUUGUGCCACGGGGGUGAGA